AUGUCCAAAAUCAUCCCACUAAUUUCCUCUUCAUUAGUUCUACUCCUAUCAUUCGUAAUUGCGUAUCUUUUGAACAACUCGUUAUCCACAAGGGAAAAGCAAAGUGAAGUUAAUGGUACUAAAGAAGGAGUGAGAUUACAAAAGAAGGAGUUAAUCAUAAGGGAAAGAUUGCUAAGCGUUCCUGAGCACAAGGUGGAUGAAAUUUGCAGCGAAUUAGAUCAAACAUGUUUCCUCAUUACAGAUCGUGUUGAAGAAGUUAAUAAUAGGCUACUAGCAUAUCGAGCACUUCGCCGAAAAGGACCAGAAGGUGUUCUCACAUUAUCAGAUGCUCGAAUUCUACCACCUUCCCCAUUAACAUGGGUAAAUUUUAAUACAAAAAACUGGAAGAUCGAUAAGACCACAAUACGAUUAGAAUAUGCUCGCCUUAUGGUAGCUGGUGCAUUUAUAAGUGGAGCCUUGGAUUUCAAUUCCACGGAUAAACAAUAUGUUCUGCUGAUUGGAUUAGGAGGAGGAGUGAUCAACAACUAUUUAACAAGCAUGCCUAAUCAUACGAUUGAUGUUACUGUCGUGGAUAUUGAUCCUGUUAUGAAACGGAUAGCAGAGAAAUGGUUUAAUUUCGAACAUUCACCGCUACAUCGAAUAGUAAUCGACGAUGGUGUACGAUAUGUUCACGAAGCAGCUAAAAAAGGACUCAAGUAUAAUGCAAUUCUGCUGGAUGUUUGCUAUAAUGUUCGGCUACCGAUGAUGUGCCCAAUAGAAGAAUUUUUGACAGAUGACGUAAUAGCCGCUAUGAGGGCUAUAACUUCCGAAACAGGUGUUGUUAUUGUCAAUAUAAUAACAACAAAGCAGGCAACGAAUGCAGCAGACCAGGUGAAUUUUCUAUUCUCGCGCCAUUUUCCAUCUUGUUAUUUGAUGUCCGAUGGAGUAAUCGACAGGAUGCUUUUCUGUUCGGCUAAAGAAAAGAACUCCUGGCUUGAUAAUCGAGAUGAACUCUUCAAUCGCUACGUAGCUGUAGAUGCAGCUCUGGGCUUUCAACUCGUACAGAGGAAAAAAUUCACACCAAAUGAUUUAACUCCGAAUAAAAAUUAG